GCGCCCCCCUCUGGCUUGGUUUCCACAUGAUUCAUGCAUUUUUCUUCCCAAAUUCUGUCCAAGGUGGUUUACGUAUAUGAAUAAAAUCAACACAUGCACAUUUGAAUCGCUUCAUCCAAAAAAAAAAAAAAAACAAAAAAAAAUUUGUGGGUCACAACGCAAACGAAGAAUUCAUCAAAGUGAACAACAUGCCCCGCAGACGCCAGAGGCACGUGGCCGGGAGUGUUUCAGAUGGAACUGAAGACUCUGAUUCCUCUGCUGAAAGAGAACAGACCAAUAGUUCUGAAAGUGAUGGGAAUGUACCUAAAAGAAAACGCCUUACCAGAGCCUCCACACGCCUUAGCCAAAGCUCACAGGAUACUCCCGACUUGAAGCGAGCUGGCGACCAUGACGAAUCACCACCACUGACGCCCACAGGUAACGCCCCCUCCUCCGAGUCUGAACUGGACAUCUCCAGUCCCAACGUCUCCCACGAUGAGAGCCAGACCAAAGAUCAGACCAACAGAGACUCCGAUAAAGACCUCUCCCAUCGACCCAAGCGCCGCCGUUGCCAUGAAACCUACAAUUUCAACAUGAAAUGUCCCACCCCAGGGUGUAAUUCACUUGGUCACCUCACAGGGAAGCAUGAACGUCAUUUUGCUGUGUCCGGUUGUCCUCUUUAUCACAAUCUGUCCGCUGAUGAGUGCAAGGUGAAAGCAAUCAGUCGUGAGAAACAAGAAGACGAACUGAAGGGUCAAGAAGACAACAGUGCACGCCACGCAACCCGUCACCAGACCCCAACAUCAAAACAAAGCAGAUACAAAGAGCAGGUUUCUGAAAUGAGGAAGGGACGAAACACUGGACUCCAGAAGGAGCAGAAAGAAAAGCACAUGGAGCACCGGCAGACAUACGGUAACACGAGGGAGCCCCUCCUGGAGAACAUCACAAGUGAAUACGACCUGGAGCUUUUUAGAAAAGCACAGGCUCGAGCGUCUGAGGACCUGGAAAAACUACGCAUCCAAGGUCAGAUCACAGAGGGCAGCAACAUGAUCAAAACCAUCCUCUUCGGACGGUACGAGCUGGACACCUGGUACCACUCUCCCUACCCUGAGGAGUACGCCCGCCUGGGGCGCCUUUAUGUCUGCGAAUUCUGCCUCAAGUAUAUGAAGAGCCAGACCAUCCUCAGGCGGCACAUGGCCAAGUGUGUGUGGAAACAUCCACCUGGAGACGAAGUGUACAGGAAAGGUGCGAUAUCAGUGUUUGAAGUUGAUGGCAAAAAGAAUAAGAUCUACUGCCAAAACCUGUGCUUACUCGCAAAGCUCUUCUUGGACCACAAAACUCUGUAUUACGAUGUGGAGCCUUUUCUCUUUUACGUUAUGACUGAGGCUGACAACACCGGCUGUCAUUUAGUGGGAUACUUUUCCAAGGAGAAGAACUCCUUCCUCAACUACAAUGUUUCCUGUAUCCUGACGAUGCCACAGUACAUGCGGCAGGGCUUUGGCAAGAUGCUCAUUGACUUCAGCUACCUGCUGUCCAAAGUGGAGGAGAAGGUGGGCUCACCAGAGAGGCCCCUGUCUGAUCUGGGCCUCAUCAGCUACCGUAGCUACUGGAAGGAGGUGCUGCUCAGAUACAUGUACAACUUUCAAGGCAAGGAGAUCUCCAUCAAAGAGAUCAGUCAAGAAACUGCUGUCAAUCCAGUGGACAUUGUGAGCACGUUGCAGUCUCUUCAGAUGUUGAAGUACUGGAAAGGGAAGCAUCUAGUCUUGAAGAGACAGGACCUGAUUGAUGAGUGGAAGGCCAAGGAGGUGAAGCGAGGCAACAGCAACAAAACCAUCGACCCCACCUCCUUAAAGUGGACCCCUCCCAAAGGGACAUGAGUGAACGACAGCCGUCAGGCUGCUGAAGCACACGUAGUCUAGACUACCCCCCCCCCCGGGUCAGUGUUCAUUCUCUUUACCCUGAACAUUCUGCUCUUUUGUGCAGGGAGCUUUGUUAGCCUUUUAUUUCUUUUUUCAGGAAAGUCCAUUUCAGUACGAUAGCUAAGUUUUUGUUUGGGACAGUCCAUUAGUAUGGGCAGUAAGACGAGUGUAUUCUGAGUACUGUGAUGUUUCGUCGGGUAAUCUUUGUAUCUUUGGUUAUUAACGCCUCCUUGUUUUUCUCGCACCAUCAAUACAGGAUUUGGAUCAGUUCCUCUGGGGAACCUGUCAAAUGAUAGAAAAUUAAUUCACCUUCAGAGGACAUAAAAAAAAAAUUUAGAAAUAAAACAAGCUCAGGUUUUUAUAGUGAUAAAAUUGUACUUUGCUUGUGUGGUUCCUCUGAAACAUCAGUUGAAGCUGUCGAUGCUGAAGGGAUUAUUCUGGUUAACAAUUCUGUAGUAAACAGAAAACAUGUUUUGUCUGUUAUACCUGUAAAAAUUAUUUUUACCAAAAAUAAAAUGGCCUUAUUUUGUCUGUA